AUGGCAACAGAAUACGAAUUGAGCGAUUAUUUUGAAACGGUUUCAAAACUUGUUGAUGAUGCCGGUAAAAUCCUAAUUGAACGCAAUAAUGAACGUAAAAUCUUUGUUUCAAAAUCCGGUGAUAGUGAUUUAUUAACGGAAACUGAUCAAGAAAUUGAAAGUUUUUUAAAAACGAAAUUAAAUAAAAAAUAUCCACACCAUAAAUUUAUUUGUGAAGAAGAGUCUAGUUCGGUUAAAUCAUCAUUAACAAAUUCACCAACAUGGAUUAUUGAUCCAAUUGAUGGUACAAUGAAUUUUAUUCAUGGAUUCCCACAAUUUUGUAUAUCAAUUGCAUUAAUGGUUAAUAAAAUCACUGAAAUUGGAAUUAUUUAUAAUCCAUUAUUAAAACAGAAAUUUAUUGCUAGACGUGGUCAUGGAGCAUUCUAUAAUGAUCAAAGAAUUUAUGUUAGCAAUGAAAAAGAUAUAAAAAAAGCAUUAAUUACAAGCGGUUUCGGUACAUCUAAAAAUGAACAAAAAUUGAAUAUUGUCAAUGAGAAUUUUUUAAAAUUAUCAAAAAUUGUACAUGGUAUACGUUGUUUAGGUGCUGCAGCACUAAAUAUGGCUAUGGUGGCAAUGGGUGUUGCUGAUGCUACUUAUGAAAUGGGUAUACAUAUAUGGGAUAUUGCUGCUGCUGAUCUAUUAAUACGUGAAGCUGGUGGUGUUGUUAUAGAUACAAAUGGUGGUGAAUUAGAUCUUAUGUCAAGAAGAGUUUUAGCAGCAGCAACACCAGAAUUAGCAAAUGAAAUUGUAAAACAUUUAACACAAUAUUCACCAUUUCCAAGAGAUGAUUAA